AUGCUACUCAGUAAGACGCCGCUGGCUUCCGGCCUUUUGGCCAUAGUGACGCUCUCGAUCGCCGUCUCCGCGUCGCUUGACCCCAUCGAGCAGCAUCUCUCCUCCCGAGACGCUUCAUCUUUCCAGGCAAGCAAAGAGGCUACUGGCAAGCUCGCCACGCCCAUCAAUCUAGGCCAAACAUCUGUCUCUCCUCAGACUGUGCUCAAACUGACUGGGCAGGACCUGCACAGCGACCUGCCUGACAAGUCUUCCUCCUCUUCAGCCUUCGAGGCCUCGAACAUCGUUGUUCCCGGCGACCCUGUUAGGAGCGAGGACCUGUCGGACAGGGCGCACUGCUCCUUCGGACAUGAAACAGCCAACAUCAAACGCAUUCGGUACACGAUGACUGUCAAGAUCGAUCGCGACGAGAGCGGUGCUACGACUGUAGCCGGCGCUGACUCGCUGCACGGAGUUGUGAUCAAGGCUACCUCGGGUUUGUACUCCAACUCAAACCCUGAUAAGGGAUCGUGUGCCAAGACGCUGGCUAGACAUGGCGAGGUCUGCGCUAACAGGCCGUACAUUGUGCCUCAAGCGAUUGUCCCAGUUGGCGUGUCCGCUAGAGCUGCUACCGGCAACGACAAGCCCGAGCCUGUCGGGGAGACGCCCAAAGCUGGUCCGAAUGAGCCAGCGUACCAUGCUGGACCGUACGUCUUGAAGCGAUCGACCACCUCUGACGUUCCUACCCUCGAUGACUGGAAGUCAUUGGAUCAGUCCGCCGACCUCAUCUUCAAGCGAGACACGUCGUCAAACUCUCCCAAGUACCAAAACGAUCGCACGGUCUCCGACUCCCACACGACCAUCACCAACCCCUCCUCCACCAUCUGCAUCGACACGGUCAAACGCGACAAGCAUAUCACUAAAAUCGUCCCCACCCGCACCCACACCCUCACCACCGACCAAUCGCCCACCUCUCCGCUUCACUUCGAACUCGUUCGCAGCGACUCGAAAGCCAACACCUGGAACCAGAUCAUCUACAACGCCCACGGUCAACCCGUCGACAUCACCCACCUCUCACUCACCUCCAACAUGUCCUUCUGGCGCGCCGAGUACUACUGUGCCGACUGCAAGAAGGGCGAUCGUCAGCACACGAUUCUGUACGAAAACGUCGAGAUUGAGGUGGACCAAGUUAACGACCAUGUGCCGAGCGUGCAGUGUGAGGGGGACGCAACGUCGACCAAUGUUCACAAGAGACAGACGAGCAGAUAUGCAGGCAAGAAUGGAUCGGGCGUGGAGUACAGUGGUGUAGUGUUUGCUAUUGAUCGUGUCGCUUUGGGAAUGUUCAAUGGCAAGGGUAAGGGAGGGAUGUCGGGUUACGCAGAGGGGCAUGUGAACGGGGUGUCGGGUAGUGUUUCUGCAACAGGGCAGCAGACUCCAAGCGUCGAAGAGUCGAAGGAGAAUGUGCAGAAGGAGCCGAUUGCAGUCCAGAGACGCGAUGUCGAAGUUGCGGAAGACGGUCCGGUCUUCUGA